AUGCUGUCGCGCGGAUCACUUAGGACGGCCCAGGCCCUGCGCUGCGCUGCUGCCCCCAGCAGGCAGGCUGCUUUCUCGGCCGCUCGCGGCUUCGCCACUGUCGAGUCCGACAUCUUCAAGCCCUCCAAGUUUGGCGGCAAGUACACGGUUACGCUGAUCCCCGGUGAUGGUAUUGGUGGUGAGGUCACCGAGUCCGUCAAGACCAUCUUCAAGGCCGACAACGUCCCCAUCGAGUGGGAGCAGGUCGCUGUUUCCGGUAUCGAGGAUGCUGGCCGCACAGAAGCUGCCUUCAACGAGAGUGUUGCGUCUCUUAAGCGCAACAAGCUCGGCCUCAAGGGUAUCCUCCACACUCCCAUCAGCCGCUCCGGCCACCAGAGCUUCAACGUGGCCAUGCGCCAGGAGCUUGACAUCUAUGCCAGCAUCAGCUUGAUCAAGAACAUACCCGGCUACGCCACCCGCCACCGCGAUGUUGACCUGUGCAUCAUUCGUGAGAACACCGAGGGCGAGUACUCUGGCCUCGAGCACCAGAGCGUCGACGGCGUCGUUGAGUCGCUCAAGAUCAUCACCCGCGCCAAGUCGGAGCGCAUUGCCAAGUUCGCCUUUGCCUUUGCCCUCGCUAACGGCCGCUCCAAGGUUACCUGCAUCCACAAGGCCAACAUCAUGAAGCUGGCCGACGGUCUUUUCCGCAGCACCUUUCACGAGAUUGCCAAGGACUACCCUACCCUCGAGGUCAACGACAUGAUUGUCGACAAUGCCAGUAUGCAGGCCGUCUCUAAGCCCCAGCAGUUUGAUGUUAUGGUCAUGCCUAACCUAUACGGCGGCAUCCUCUCAAACAUUGGUGCUGCCCUCGUCGGUGGCCCCGGAAUCGUUCCCGGCUGCAACAUGGGCCGUGAUGUUGCCGUCUUCGAACCCGGCUGCCGCCACGUCGGUCUUGACAUCAAAGGCAAGGACCAAGCCAACCCUACCGCUAUGCUUCUCAGUGGUACCAUGCUCCUCCGCCACCUCGGCCUCGAUGAGCACGCCAACCGCAUCUCCAAGGCUGUCUACGGCGUCAUCGCCGAUGGCACCCACCGCACUCGCGACAUGGGCGGCAACUCGACGACCCACGAGUUCACCCGUGCCAUCCUUGACAAGAUGGAGACCGUCUAA